AUGAUGCGAAAAUUUCGUAAAAUAUUUCGUCCAACAACUACAAUAUCAACAGCAAAUAAAAAUGAAAAUGAUCAUGCCACGAGCAGUCCUGAAUCGUCAUCGAACGAAGCAUCUUUUGCUAAACAAAUUUCACCAUCCAUUAAAAAUAAGUUCCAUGCAGAAUCAUCGGCCGCUACCGCAAAUCCUGCUCAAUCAAAUUCUAUAUCCUCAGGAGACGAUUCAUCACCUAGCGUACAGUAUGCGAAAAUGCGCAUUAUAUCAUCACCAGUUUUCCAACUACGUGACAUAAUACGUGCUUUGUUAACAUCUGUUGCACCAUCAUGUGAUCUGGUUUCAACAUUUUUAACUUACGGCCAAUCAUUAGGUGCGUCAACCAUUCAUGGCUAUCUUGUUGAUCGGUGUUAUGAUACUCAAACAUUAAUCCAUGAUGAUUUUUCAUCAUAUCAGGGCGUUGCAUUAUGUAUAACAUAUGAUGCUUUAUUAAGUGAACAACAAUGGGAAGAUGUAUUUGGAAUUCACGAAUCAACAUCAACAAUAUCAAAAACAGCAUCAUCAUUUUUUCAUCUAUCAGAUUUUUUAUGCAUAUUAAGUGGUUCACGUGUUGUUUAUUAUGAUCCUAAUGAACGUAUGACAAAUGAUGAACGUGCCUAUGUAUCUAUAUUUGAUCUUGAAACUGAUGAUAUCGAAAUAUUUCAAGAUCAAUUUUCGCCAUUAGAUCAUUUUCUAUUAAAAUCUAAAACAUUUUAUAAUGGUACAUUAAUACGUUUACCAUUACGAACAACAUCAACAACGCAAAUAAUAACACAUAUACAAACAUUAGACGAUAUUAAACAACAAAUCUUAAGAUACUUUAAUUCCAAUGAAUCCUGUAUGGAAUUAUUAUUAACACAAACAAAUAUAAAUACUAUUGAAUUUGAUUAUACAAAAGAUUUUCAAGUAUUUACAAAAAUCUUAUCUAUAGAUAAACACUCAUUAACAACAAUUCAUGAUGCUCAAUCGACAACGCAACUCAUCCAUAUGACAUUAUUUAAACAAGCUGAUGAUAUCAAUACAAGUAAUCUAUCUCGUUGGUUAUUAUCAGUUUAUAAUGAUUAUAAUGAAAAAGAUAAACAAGAAAUUCAAUUCAAACUUUUACUUCCCUUAGUACCUUUCUCUUUAUCACCAGAGACGACAUGUAUGUCAUCGAUAAUACAACAUAGUUAUCAAUCAAUACAAAUAACAUCAUCACGAAUACUUUAUUAUUGCAUAAUGCCAUCAUUGAAUUCUCUAUGUAAAGAUGAUGUGUGUAUAAAAUUACGCCAAAUCAAAUUUCCUCAGGCAUAUGCUUUAUUUCUAAAAAAUUUAUCCCGAUUAAUAAAUCCAGCGACAACAUUAAAUUUAACUAUUGAUCUUAUCUGGCAAUUAAUGCCAGAUAUUGAUGAACAUCAACGUUUACUUAAUCAAAAUCAAAAUCACUCACUACAACAGCAACAUCUUAAAAUUAUUCAUAAUCUUACACCAGAUAUUUGGAUAGAAAUCGGCAAACAAGAACUAUUCUUUUCAGCUACUGAUGGCUGGGGAUAUGUAGCUAUAGAAGAUAUGAUUAUUAAUAAUGUAGAAGCAGGUCCAAUACAAGACGUUCUUACAUUGGUAUUUUCUGAAGCAAAUGCUCCUAUUGUUAUUUUGCCUGCGCAUGUUAUAAAUGGUUUAUGUAAAUAUUCGAAUAAACACUAUUUACAAGUAAUGACACCGUUUCAUGCAUCAGAAUUAUUAGCUAAAAAUUCCAUAAUACUUUCACGUUUAACAUAUGAACAGAAAGUGUCAUUGUUAACAUAUAUUAUAUUAAAUGAUCCUGAUCCAGGCCUAGUUAUUGAAUUAAAUUUGCUACCACUAGCUAAUAAUCAAUUUAUAACAUUUCAAGGAAAACAAGCGUCGCCGAUUUAUUUAAUCGAUAAUAAUACGGAUGUUUUAAAAUUGUUUCAAGAAAAAAAUUACGAUAAAUUUCUAAAUCCAAAUAUUGAUAGAAAAUUAUAUGAUAUUUUAUCAUCUGAAAACUUUCAAGGUAUGAUUACAGUUUUAUUAUUCUUGUUAUAUCUUAGAUCUUAG